UAGGCAUCAAUGGCAUCAAUAUCCCACUCCUGUGUGCUCGCAUGUGCUCACUCACUUAUGUAAGCAAUAUCAUCACAUGGUGGUGUAGUGUUUAAGGCAAAACCUACGACGCAAAACAGCAUGCACCGAGGCCCAACUCCAUCGAUCGCCAAACAACAACAAUCUUAUGGACGGAGAAGGCAUAAAGAAGUCCAUCUUGGAUGACGGUUUCUUCUUUAUCAAAGAUCCCGAAUAUGGAAGGAAAGCCGACACGUUUGCAAGCAAGGGAUAUCCGUUCCAAACAGAAGCUGGUCUUGAUUUUCUCAGCGCAACUCUCGACGAUACGCUUAUUCGAGACACGAUCGAGUCGUCCCUUAAACAUUGUGGCCUAGGAAUGUUCAAACCAUUCGGUUCACAUCCAAACACCGCCCGUGCCCCCUUGAACAGAACGACAUCGGAAUUACUCGCACUGAAUGUCCUCAUAUGUCGUAGCAGAUCCCGAGUUAUUCUCCAUAAAGGUUCCCACAUGCAUGAGUUGGAUGCAAACCCAGGAGGGAUUGGCCUACUUGAGCUUCCGCGCGAGUCCCUGAGCGAACCUGGUAUCACACCUGUUGAAGUUAAAAUGGACGACGGUGGUCUGAUCAUUACAGAUGGGCGACUUUUCAGCACAGUCUUAGAAGGUGUUGUAUUAGGGGUUGGAUUCGCGGUGGAGAAGGAGCUUAAGGAAUGGGGUAAAAUGAUGUUACCGAAGAUGCCAAACCUUGAACAAAAGGUUGCGCAAAUGAACACUGACAGGAUCAGAAUGAACUUCCAAUUUGUGGAAGUAACAAGAUCAGAAUGAAUUUCGAAUUGAGCAAAACAUGCUACCUAUGUAACUCCUACUGCGACAACCGAAGGUCCAUAUAUAGCCUCCAAGUCCCCGUCUCCUACACAUUCACUGCUACGACUCAUCCCCGGCUCAGAAUACAGCACAGACGGUCCCAUAUCUUCAGUGGUCAUGUACAA